GGCCCCGCCCUCGUGGUGUUCACAGUGUUCACUAUCGUCACCGUGGUAACAGGGUUCUCAGUGUUCUGUGGCCGAAGAGCCGGCUGCGGCUGCGGGGCAGACUGAGUUCAGUCUCCUCUGUGAGCCGGUCUUCAUUAGAGAGGAGUCGUGGGCUGUUCCGCAGGGAAGCGUCUCACCUGCUACCUGUCCAUACGUGAUGUCGGACAGGGCACUUUGGGGACCCCUGUCAGUGCUGUACACAGCCUUCACAGCCAAGCUGCUGGAGUUUGUUGCUACAUUGCCUGAUGAUGUUCAGCCUGGGCCAGAUUUCUAUGGACUGCCAUGGGAACCUGUACUUAUAACAGCCUUCUUGGGAAUUGUUUCAUUUGGUGUAUUCUUCUGGAGAACUGUCCUUGUUGUAAAGAGUAGAGUUUAUCAAGUCACUGAACAGCAAAUUUUUGACAAGGUGAAAAACAUCACAAGAGAAAAUAGAGAACUUGUUCAAAAGCUGUCAGAUUAUGAACAGAAGAUCAAGGAAUCAAAGAAAUAUAUUCAAGAAACCAAGAAACAAAAUAUGCUUCUUCGUGAUGAAGCGAUUAAAUAUAAGGAUAAAAUCAAGACACUUGAUAAAACUAGUAAAGUUCUGGAUGACACAGCUAAAAGUCUUCGUGUUCUGUUAGGAUCUGAGAGAGAACAUACUGUCAGGAAUCAGGACUUGAUAUUAGAAAACAGGAAAUCUAUAGAGAAGUUAAACAAUGUUAUCUCCAUGAACGCUUCAGAAUUUUCAGAGGUUCAAAUUGCUCUUAAAGAAGAUAAGCUUAGUGAAGAGAAGGUGAAGUCUGAAUGCCACCGGGUUCAAGAAGAAAAUGCUAGGCUUAAGAAGAAGAAAGAGCAGUUGCAGCAGGAAAUCAGAGACUGGAGUAAAUCACAUGCUGAACUCAGUGAGCAAAUCAAAUCAUUUAAGAAGUCUCAGAAAGAUUUAGAAGUAGCUCUUACUCACAAAGAUGAUAAUAUUAAUGCUUUGACUAAUUGCAUUACACAGUUGAAUCAGCUAGAGUAUGAGUCUGAAUCUGAGAGUCAAAAUAAAGGAGGAAAGGAGUCAGAUGAAUUAGCAAAUGGAGAGGUGGGAGGUAACCGGAAUGAGAAAAUGAAAACUCGAAUUAAGCAGAUGAUGGAUGUCUCUCAGACACAAACUACAAUAUCAGUACUUGAAGAGGAUCUAAAACUCUUACAAUUUAAGCUAAGAGCCUCCAUGUCCACAAAAUGGAAUCUGCAAGAUGAAAUAAAGCAAUUAGAAAAGGACCGCAGUUCACUGCAGUCUGCCAAAGCUGGACUGAAGGAUGAAUGUAAAACCCUGAGGCAGAAAGUGGAGAUUUUGAGUGAACUAUACCAGCAGAAUGAGACGGCUCUGCAAAAGAAAUUGAGUCAAAAAGAGUAUGAGCGGCAAGAAAGGGAGCAGCAGCUGUCAACUGCACAUGAGAAGGUGGUUUUGGCUGCAGAGGAAGUAAAAACUUACAAGCGGAGAAUUGAAGAAAUGGAGGAAGAAUUGCAGAAAACAGAGCACUCAUUUAAAGACCAGAUUGCUGCUCAAGAAAAAAAAGUGCAUGAUAACUGGCUAAAAGUUCGUGCUGCAGAAAGCGCUAUAGCUGAAGAGAAAAGGGAAGCCGCUGACCUGAGACACAAAUUAUUGGAAAUAACUCAGAAGGUGGCACUGCUGCAAGAAGAACCUGUGAUUGUGAAACCAAUGCCAGGAAGACCAAACACACAAAACCCUCCACGGAGAGGUCCUCUGAGCCACAAUGACUCGUUUGGCCCAUCCCCUGUGAGUGGUGGAGAAUGCUCCCCUCCACUGGCAGCAGAGCCACCUGGGAGGCCUCUCUCCACUACGCUCAACCGAAGAGAUAUGCCUAGAAGAGAAUUUGACCCAGGAUCUGGUGCAGCUGCCGUGAUGAACAGCAACUCAAGAAGCUCUUCCCCUUCUAAGGUGAUGGAUGAGGGCAAGGUUAAUAUGGCUCCUAAAGCCACCCCGCCUCCUUUUCCGGGGGUGCCUCCCAUGAGCUGUCUGGUUGGAGGCCCCAUCCCACCACCCAUUCAAUAUGGACCACCUCCUCACCUCUGCGGGCCAUUCGCUCAGCUCUGCGGGCCUUUCUGGCCUCGGCCAUUUCCUCCACCAUUCGGUCCUGGUAUGCGUCCACCACUAGACUUAAGAGAAUAUGCACCAGGAGUUCCACCUGGAAGAUGGGACCUGCCUUUUGACCCUCGGGGAUUUGUACCAGGACACACACCAUUAAGACCUUUCGGCUCUCUUGGCCCGAGAGAGUACUUUAUUCCUGGUAGCCGAUUACCACCCCCAACCCAUGGCCCCCAGGAUUACCCACCACCACCUGCUGCAAGAGACUUACUGCCUUCGAAGCAGAGCCUGUAACUAUAACCCUUGACAAUUAGUUGGGGGAAAAGUGGACUAUACACUAUUCAUUACAGUAAAAGACUUCAUUGGCUUCAAAAUGCAGAAGUUCACUUUUAUGCUAAAAAUGUUUACUAAAAGAUAACUAAACUUUAUUUCUCCUCUUGCUGAAGUUCUCUGUAGUAAUAGUUAAUAAAGAUUUGUUUUAUUAAUAUUUCUCAAGUGUCUGUUUCAUUUGAUUACCAUGUUACUUCUGACAUUUGGGGAACAUUUAAAUCAAACUCUUCAGAAUUAAAGAUGGUGACUUGGCAGCACACUCCCUGUUGCUUACUGCUAAGGAUUCAACCUAAAAGGCACCUGUGAAUUCCCUCUGGCAGGUCCGAAACACAACACAGGGAUGGGGCUGAGCAAACUCAGCAGCAGCAUGAAUCAUUCCUUUUCUGGGGAAGAGAGAAUGAAGGGAAG